AUGGCUGGAGCAAUGGAAAAGAUCAAGGCUAAGGUCGAGAACGUCCUCCACAAGGACAAGGACACCACCCACGACACCACACACACCACCCACGACACCACACACACAGGAACCACUGGCACUCACACUGGCUCCGGUCUGCCCGGCUCCACACACAACGACCCCACUGGUCCUCACAGCUCGCACACUGCCAACCAGGCCGACCCUCGUGUCGACUCUGAUCGUUUCGGCACAGCUGGCAACACUGCAGGUGCUGGCGGUGUCGGUGCUGGCCAAUAUGGUAGCACAGGCACUCACGGAACCACAGGUAGCGGUCUGACCGGCUCGCACGACACCUACGGCUCCAACACCCACGGUACCACCGGCUCUGGCCUGACUGGUUCGCAUGGCACUACAGGCCACAACACCACUCACGGAAGCGACCCCACCGGCCCUCAUGACUCCAAGCUUGCCAAUAAGCUCGACCCUCGCGUUGACUCUGACCGUGUUGGCCCCGCUGGCAACUCUUCCAGCGUUGGUGGCUACGGCACAGGCAAUGAGACUCACACCUCUGGUCAGCAAACCUACCAGACUGAUGGCAAGAAGUUGCCUGACGCUCUCCUUGAAGAUCAAUCAAGGGCUGACCACCACUCAGGUGCCGGCUUGACUCACAGCAGCCACACAAACACUGGCAGCGGCCUCACCGGCUCCAACACCCAUAGCUCCAACACUCACGGCUCUGACCCUACCGGCCCUCACGACUCUCGUCUGGCCAACAAGGCUGACCCUCGUGUCGACUCCGACCGCUAUGGCACUGCCGGCAACACUUCUGGUGCUGGUGGCUAUGGUGCUGGUCAGUACGGCAGCACUGGCACCCACACUGGCUCUGGUCUGACUGGUCACAACACCACCGGCUCUGGCCUCACCGGCAGCCACGGCACCCACACUGGCUCUGGCUUGACUGGUGGUGCUCCUCACACUGGCAGCCACACCGGCUCGCACAUUGGCUCCGACCCUACGGGCCCUCACAACACCCACCUCGCCAACCAGGCCGAUCCCCGCGUCGACUCUGAUCGCUACGGUGCCGCUGGUAACACCGCCGGCGCUGGCGGCUACGGUGCUGGCCAGUACGGCAGCACUGGCACCCACACCGGCUCUGGUCUGACUGGCCACAACACCACCGGCUCUGGCCUCACUGGUAGCCACGGCUACUCUGACCCCUCUGGUCCCCACGACUCUCGUCUCGGUAACAAGGCCGACCCCCGUGUCGACUCUGACCGCUACGGUGGACAGGGCAACACCUACGGCACCACCCAGGGCUCUGGCUUGACCGGCACCAACCACCCCGGCCACGUUGGUAACAACAAGGCCGACCAGACUGCUGGCCCUCACGGAUCUAAUGUCCUCAACAAGCUCGACCCCCGCGUCGACUCUGAUCUUGAUGGAUCCAAGACCACCGGUGGUGACCGCACCUACGGUUAA